ACGCCCAGAUCACCCUUGCUUCGCUUCUGCGGCGCUGCGAGUCCUGGAAAAUGGAAAAAUUUUGUGCUUCGUGAAGACAGCCGGGGGCUUCCAAAUGUGUGGACAACGGGUGUCAAGUUGCCUGUGCCCAGUACGGUGUGACGGUCAAAACAAAACGAGUGUACAAAAUGGCAGAAAGAAACCGUUGGGUUGUUUGACUUCAAUGUAGGACUCCGGAAGACAGUGUAAAUAUGACUCAAUAAGCAUUAAUUUCAAAGCCCGACUUUGGAUUUGACUUUGCGCCACCGUAGUGCAUCAUUCAGAACUGUAAUCCACCAAUGAAAAGUGCUAUUUUACCUAUGACGUCAGUGCUGUGUCAGUGUGCAGUGUCCACCGUACGUAGUUUUGCUUCAUCUAGAGACUGUGAUUUAUAUGAUGCCACCCCCUCACAUCGGCGACAACAAUAAGAAUCGUGUCGAGAAUAUUAAGAAGAAGUUUGAAGGCAGCAACAAGUUUGUGCCCAUUUCGGAUAACCUCAACAACGUCGCUGCCAAGAGCCGAGCAGCUCGACAGGAGGAUGAAAACAAUGGGAAUGCAGAUUCGAGGUGUCAGACUGACACGCCCAAAAAGCAGAAGCUCGCCCUCACGACGGACAUUAGCGCCUCCAACAGUGGAGGCCAUUUCCUCAACAACCAAACCCCAUCCAAGGGCCACCCCGUUUUGGAGAGGCAGUUGAGCAGUCCCACAUCAAGAGGCCAUAUAAAGAGGAGCCCAGCCUUCCGCUGUGACAGAAUCGUCAGGGGUAAAAAUGUUUUGGCGCCCUCACCUGGAGCCCCAAGGUCUGUCGUAGGAAAACGAGUCAAGCAGUUUGACUCCACCCCUGAUCUAGUUUCUGCUAAAAUUUGCAAUGUGAUUGGUGAUGAGCAGCCUCACCAAUUCCAAGUUAAAUUAUCAGCAGAUGGAGUAAACGAGCGUGCUAGAGCUUUUACUUCACCUGACAAUUUGAGCCGAAGUCCAAAAGAUACAUUGGAUAGCAAUUCUUCUGGUCCAUGUGAGGCGAAGCGCAAUCGACUUGAUUAUCAGGGAGGCUCAACAGGUGGCAAGAAUGGUUUGCCUAUCAACUCACCAAGUAGUUGGUUGCUUAGUCGUGGUCUUGGCAAGCCAGAUAUUUUAAAUGACAAUAAAGUCAAGACACCAUUUUCUAAUCAAGAUAGUUUCCCUGUCAAGAAUUUGCUGUCUGAAAUCAAGUUAAAGAGAACUGUCAACGGCUUCAAUGAAGAAAAAACUGAUGCAUCAUUGAAGAAUCACAUUAACCAAGCAGGACCUGCCCCUAAAGCUGUGAGUCUGACUGUCAUACCCUCCAAUGGCAAUAGCCAAACAUAUCAGCAGGGAUUGAGUGCCACCCUUAAAGCAGCACUCAAGGCUCCUCUUCCCUGUGGUCCUCCUCCCAAGAAACCCCCAAGGACUUUUGCCCACAACUCUCCAAAAGUUAAAAGUCCCUCGGAGAGGCUUAACAAUUUGAAAUGCAACCCAGGUGCCAUCAGAAGUCAAGAGUCGUCUUGCCAUAUUAGUGUGUCCCCACCUCCUGUUAUUAAACCUGUACGUUCCAAAACUGAAUCUCAAAUAAUGCUGAGAAAACUAGAAGAUGCCCUUAUGAAUCACAAGCCCUCACCAAGAGGAGCUCAGUCCCCAACAUCACCUGUCAACAAAGGUAUUAGGCAAGGCAGCUUGAGUCCUCCAGGGAAUGGGGCAACAUCUGGAUAUCCUAUUUGCUCAAACAGCCAAAACAAGAUAUGUACUCCGACUCAUGCCGCCCGGAGUGGUUGUCUGACCUCCUUAAACUGUGCUGUGGGUCCCACAUUGUGUUCACAGCCCCGAGACAGUGUUUAUGAAGUCAAAGCAAAGCAGCCAGAAUUUAUUCCAGACCCCCACACGAAACGGAAGUCAAGUCUACAAGAUAAUACGUCAAAUGUGCAGAAGAAUAUUCCUGGAAGUUUGCAUAAGUCCCACAGCGUUGAGCACAUUUAUGCUGAGCCAUUUCAAUUCAUUGGAGAUGGAAACCAGAUCUGCAAAUCAAAAGAUUGUGAAGCAAAUUUUAGAAGUACAUCAUUUGGAAGAGAGAUUCCCAAACCACAGCCAAGAUUUCAGCCCAAAAGAAUUUUGUCAACAUCUCCUGAACAGAUUUUACGAACUCGUUUGGGCAGUCCCACUGAAACAAACUCGGAAGGGUUGCACUACUUGUGCACUCCGAUUCAAGAAGACUCACCACUUUCCUCUUGCGAAUUACAAAUGUCAUCCCUUCCUUUACGCCUGUCACCUCCACCAGUUGAAGCCACUAAUUCAGAGUUGUUGAAGAAUGCUGGUCGAGGUUGUUUGUCUUUAGAGAUGCCACGUGUGACGACCCCAUCAUCAUCAAAGAUGAUUCUUAAAAGGAGUCCAGCUGAGAAAGACAAGAUGGCUAAAGACGUAAUGGAUACAAAUCUUACCAGUACCAAGAUUAAAUUUUUGAUGAAUCAAGCAUUUGGCUCUCCACUACAAUGCUUACCUGCCACUCCACUGGAUAGCAACAGUGACUCAGAUUCAUUGGCUUCAACUCCAGAUGAAGGAGUUUCAUGUGCACCGUUUCCUGGGAUUCCAUCACCUCCUAUUCAAAGUCAUCACAAGGAGAUUACUCGUCCAAAUUGUCCACCACCUGAUGUACCAGAAUCUGCAUCACCAACCAAAGAGUCUCUUCAACAACUUACAGCAGAAAGGCAAACUUAUGUCCGCCGAGUGUCAAGCCAUGUGAUGGGUCAGCGUACACUGCGCCUUGCCCACAAAACUGCAAACACACCUUCCAAUCAUUUGUUUGAAUGCCUUUUACUUGUGGGUCUGAAUUUGGAUCCAGAUCGCCCUAAAUGCAAAGUGCCUUACAUUAAGAGUAAAUUUCCUCCCGAGGCUAUUGUUCCUUCCCAUAUCGAAAAUCUAUGCUUCCCUGAUGCUGGGGAAUGGCCCCCACCAAUCACCUCCGUUAAAGGUGCCUCUGAUUCAUUGCCUGGAGAAGAACAGUGCUAUUCCCUUGUUGUCACAAGCGAGGUAGGAGAGCGAAAAUAUGGAUAUUGCCGACGCGUUCAACCAGAGGGAGCUCCAAUUUGUCUUCCACUGGCUUAUUGUAUCCUUACACAACAUCGUGCAUCAGGAUUCUACUUCAAGGUUUUGGCUGAGCUGGAAUCACGACAUGGAGAACCAGAGUUACUUCAAGCUGAAUUCAUUCAACAGUUAUAUGAUUGCGGGCUCCCUAGUCCUGGGCAAGGUUUAAGAGUCCAUGGCUCGGGGGAAAAUAUUUCUGUUGGUUGUGCUGGUUCUAGCAGCUCUAGCAGCUCUAGUGGUACAAACAGCUCUGGCACUGGAUCAAGAGGCCCUGUUGUCCUUAAGCGGCCUUAUGAUACCAGACUAGAAGAACGCGACCUUACAAGAUUAUUCAACUGCCUCCAAAUACCUAUCUUUCUUCAAGUGUUUAGUUCUUUGCUCCUGGAGCGCAAGGUUCUUCUUUUGAGCAAAUCUAUCAGCAAAUUGUCGGCCUGCGUUGAUGCUCUCCAGUCUAUUUUGUUCCCCUUUGUAUGGCAACAUACAUUUAUCCCAGUUCUUCCAGCAAACAUGUUGGAUAUUUGUCAAGCCCCUACUCCUUAUAUAAUUGGAGUCCUAAAAGGCAAACAUCCCAUUUUACCACCUGUUUCAAUUGAUGAUGGCAUUGUUGUUGAUGUGGACAAUUCUCUUAUACUUCAAAGCCAGCAAGAUGAAACCACUAUACUUCCUGUUGGAAUUAGCAGAUCUUUAAAAGUGGCCUUGCAGCUGGCACAGAGUAGUACUCCUCCUGAUGAUCCAUUAAGAAACGUUCUGGUAUCAGAAGCAUUCCUACGUACUUUCGUUGAAGUGUGUGGGCACUAUCAAACCCACAUAGUUGUCCAGCAGGAUGGAAAAAAAGUUUUUGAAAGGGAAUCAUUUAUUAAAGCUGUACGUUCUCGGAGCAUUCAGUUGUUUUUGGAGUGGUUUACAGAGACAGCUAUGUUCUCUGCAUUCAUUGAUUCUCGUGUAGAUAAGUUAAAUGAUACCAAAGGAAUGUUUGAACAGCGUGUGAUGGAACAUCAUGAAGAGAGGGAAAAAAAUACUUUACUGUACCUGAAAAACUACAAGGGUAUCAACAAGAAAGUAAAAACACUUGGAGACCGCUUCAAAGACUGGGCGCCAUUCAGCUAGAUUCAUUGAUAACACAGUAUGUGUGUGUAUGUGCAGCUUCUUCCUUUUUACUUCAAUUUUGUGUGGCAAUCGUCUCUUUUCUCCAGAAAUAUCUUACUAUUGUUCUUUUGAACAGCUGAGAAGUGUUUAUUCUCUUCUUUGUGAGAGUUUCAGUUAAUGGAAUGUCCAUUAAUGUUUCAUACAGAAAAAGUGCCUUUAAAUUUUAGCUAGAACUACCACAGAAGCUAGACUGAAUUGCUUUUGCAAACCAUCUUAGGUAAUUAAGCAUAACACUCUCAUAUUUUUGAAGUUUUACUAGAUGACACAAGUAAUCAAUCACUUUCUAUGUAAGUUUUAAUAAGUAUAUUGACACAAAUUUUUCAAAACCGUCCAUUUUGAGAAACUAAUGUUAAAGCUAGCAUUUUUAAAAUACAUAUGACUUCACUUGUGAUAUCUUCCACAUAUCCUAACCAAAAAGCUGUAUUUUGCACUGUCUCAGACCAUUUUGUAACAAUAUUCAAUUUUAAAAAUAUCUUGUGUGCUUUACAAUAUUGAAACUUAAAUUGCUUUAUGAUUCUGUUGAAACCUAGAAUUUGUUACGUUUCCUUGUUAAAUUAAUAAUUCUUGUUGGCAUUUAAUAGUCUUGCCUUUGUUGUCAUAAUUGUUCUAUAAAUUGUAUUUGUUCUCCAUUUUGCCAUAAUAUUCUUGUUAGAGGAUCGUUUUGUUAGGGAUAACAAUUGAAAAACUCACCGGUGCAUAUAUGUGCCAGUACUAAACAUCAUUUAGUAUGAAUCUGACCGUGAAGGACUGCUUCCAAUAGUUGUGUAGUAUUUUUCCUGUUGAAGUGGAGUGGUUUAUUUAUUUUGUACCUUCAAUAGCUAAUUUAUGUCUUAACUUAUUUAUUUUGAAUCUUAGUUUUAAGUGGCAUUCACUUUGUUGUAUUUAACAUUUUCUACACUGAGCUUUAAUUUAAUUGAUUUAAUUUUGUAUUGUGAUAUGUUCAAAGUAAGCUGUUAGAGGACAUAGUUUGUUUUUUUUCUUUUUGUAUCUUAUCAAGAACUACUCCCUUGCUCAUCUCAUUUACUCUAAGCAAGGGUUAAGUUGCUCAAUAGAAAUAUUUUCUCCCUGAAA